CGUAAUCUGGUUAUUCAAAUGUCAGUAAGCCAUUUAUCACUUAUUGGCAGGAAGAGAAGGAUUUGAGUAAUGUUGUGAAGCAGUUUGAGAUCAACAUGGAUUUUAUUCUGCCGGUGAAGCGUGAAAAACAGAAGGUUGAGUUUAAAGCUCCUAGUGUUAGUGCUGCUAGUAGGAAGUCUGGUUCUCCUAUAAUGAAGGUGGUUGAGGGUCCAUCACCUUCAACUAGGCAGCUUAUUAUGGAUCUUCCUCAUAGUUUGAUGACUGAUGAGGAAAUAGAUGCUCUUGAUGUUCCUGAAUAUGUGAAGAACAUGCACAAGUUGAAGAGGAAUGCGCUUGCAUUCUGUCAAGUGAACUUGGAGAUUGCCCAAAAUAUUCGAGAGGAAGGCGAGAAGCUAUCUCAAGACAGUAUUUCUCUGGAUGACAGUGAAACUCUAACUGAAAGAAAUGUUUAA